CGCAGAGACGCAGAGUCCACACGCUUAUACUGUUUUUCCUUGUAUCUUCGCCUUUCGUCGUCUCUUUUCUCUUCAUUGUUCAAACCUUUGGUUCCGCAGCGGAAUUCCAAUCGGUAGUGAAGAUCAGCUAUGGAGGAGCCGGAGGAGAUAUCGGAUCCGAGGGGAGAGUCUUUGAUUGAUCAAAUGUCUGAUAAGAUUCACGGCGAUGAAGACUCGUCGGGGACUUUGGACUCAGAGUCGGAGGUUAAUGAUUCAGAGGUUAGGGAGACGCCUUCGCCAUAUCCACAUCCUUCCUCCGUCAAGGAGAGGUUUAACCGCGUCUUCGUCCGUGAGAGACCGGCCGAGGUGGAUGAUGGAGGCCAAACUGCUGAAAUAUUCUGGUGGAGGAACAAGACGACGGCUACUAUGGUGUUUUGCGUGGUGACUGCAAUCUGGUUUUGUUUUGAAGUGCUUGAGUAUCAUUUUCUUACUCUCAUCUGCCACGUUACAAUCCUUGGCCUUGGGCUGUUGUUCUUAUGGUCCAAUACCUCGACGCUAAUCAACAAGAGACCUCCCCAUAUUCCUGCAGUUCACCUUCCUAAGGAUCCAUUUCUCGUGUUUGCUUCAACUCUUCAUAAUGAGAUCAGUGAAGCUCUUGAAGGAUUGAGAGAGAUUGCUGUAAGCAGGGAUCUCAAGAGGUUCCUUAUGGUUGUUGUUGUUAUGUGGAUUAUUUCAAUUGUGGGCAGCUUUUGGAACUUCCUGACGCUGUUCUAUAUUGCAUUUUGUUUCCUGUACACUCUACCAGUUCUGUAUGACACGUACAGCGAAAAAAUUGAUGCCUUUGCCGAGAAUGCGAUAACUGAGAUUUGCAAAGUGUAUGCUGUAUUUUCUUCCAAGGUACUGCACAGGCUUCCUAAGGAACAAAUGGACAAGAAAAAGGUAGAGUGAUUAAUUGCUUAUGUAUAUAUUAUGUGCCAUUCUUGCCGUUGAUAUUUAUUCUGCAGUUUUAACGAGAAGCGCUGUUAUUUCCUCGUUUUGCUAUAAAUUCAAGCAUUGUUGGUGCUGUUUGUAUAGUAAGAAUCUUUUGGUAUUCAGAUUUUGAAGAUUACCUUCUAACAUUAUGCACAUUAACAUGUUAGAAGUAUAAUGUGUAUAUAUAUAGUUACAAGGUACACGGCGAUUUGGAUUUAGUGAACAUAUUAGAGUACAUAAACGGAUGAUCACUUGUAUAUUCUCUACUGGUUCA